AUGCAUCCUGGGGACAGCCAUGUCGCUGCCUCCCCACUGGCCGCAUCGCUGAGCAAGGGCAGUCAAUCCAUGGAUUCAUUCUCAAGGCUGAACAAUGAAAGCCAGAAGGCAUCAGACAGCGGCCUUGCCAAGAUUGUGGUGGCAAGGGAGCCAACAUGUCCUCUUGUAACUAUUGGGUAUCAUGCUUUGCCACCGAAUGAGGGUGGCUGUGUGGUGGCUCCCUUGCAGUCAGUUGGCAUGCUCAGCUUGUCAAUUCCAGCGCAUUGGCCUGUGGUACCUCUAGGCCACUGGUAUCACCUUGUGGUAGAUGAGGUUCAGGACCCAGAGUUGCUCUGGCUGGAAAAGUGCAGUGCCCAAGGAGUCUACACAGUGCAUCGUGUGAGGAAGAGCGGGCAUCGUGAGCCACUGUCUAUGGAGCUGCUCUUUAAGCGUCUUGCUGAUCAUGAUGGAAUGGCUGAUAAGUUGCGUUCAGAGGGAAGAGCUUGUUCAUCAGAUAUGUAUGUCAGCUCGCUCCUUAAUUACACAUCCACAGUGGAUUUGCUAUAUGUGAAUAUGGCAUUUACACGCAAGCAUGCUGAUAUUCCAGCUAUCAUCAGUACCACACCUCUGAAGGUGAACAAGGCAAAUCAUCUUCACGUGUUCCUUCAGUACAAAAAGUAUCCCCCCCUUGUUCCCCAGUCCCUGUACCAACACCCUCCCCCCAACGAAAAUGAUCAUAUACAUCCUAUGCAAUGCAUCACAUUUUCAGCUGCCUGGCUACAAUCUAGAGUGUAUCAGGAGGCUUCUGAUACUGAACUCCAUCAUUUUGAGGUUCUUAUUGGUGCCCACUCUCUCCAGAGUCAAGGUCUGUUGAAAUUCUCCAUGCCUAUGUGGCCAACGUCAGGCCCUAUGGAUGGUGUGAUUCACCAUGUUGCAUGCUGGGCUCACGAAGAGAUGACGAGGAAUGCUGAAGAACUGCAUAUCAUUGAGUCGAGUGCAGAAAUGCUUCAAUAUCAUGCUAAGGGUAAUAAUUGGCAAAUCAUGCUUGAACUGAAUCUUGGUAGGCCUCGCUACAUGAAGCACGUCUCUGAGCUGUGGACUCAUCUUAUUUGA